CUCGGUUAUCACGAGCCAUCAUCAUCCCCAAAACCAAAUCCUAAUCCAAAGGCAAUGGCCCCAAAAUCCCCCGCCAUUGGCCCCCUCCUCCUCCUCCUCCUCCUCCUCCUCGUUGCCUCGAUCUCAACACUAACCCUCGUCUCCGGCUCCGACGACGACUCCCUGGCCUUCAUCAAAAAGAGCUGCGAUUCAACCCUUUACCCCGAUCUCUGCUUCUCCUCCCUCUCUCGUUACGCCGCCUCCGUCCACUCCGACCCCAUCCGCCUCGCCUGGCUCGCCACCAACGUCACUAUCGGCCGCUUGCGCUACAUCUCUUCCCACAUCUCCUCCGUCCGGCGCACGGCUGUGGUCGGAGAGGGCGGUCGGGAGGCGGCGGCCCUGAAAGACUGCGCCGAGACCAUGGGCGACGCCGUUGAUCUCGCACGGAGCUCGGCGUCGGAGAUCGGGAAGCUGACGGCGCCGUCGACUGUGGGAACGGAGAUUGCCUGGCGCGUGUCGAACGCACAGACGUGGAUGAGCGCCGUGAUGACGAAUGAGGACACGUGUACGGAUGGAUUUGCGGCUGUGCCUGGGCAGUUGAAGACCGACAUAUGUGGGCGGAUCCGGUGGGCCCACAAGUUUACCAGUAAUGCCCUUGCUCUUUUGAAUAAGCUCGUUUCUAACCGUUGAUUUCAGCUUCUUCGCCUCGUCGCUUUACAGCCGUUGGAUUGUACAUUUAUUAGUUAUAAUUAUCGUCUUUUGAUAAUUACUUAUAUAAAGUAAUUGUUGCUUGAGAGUUUGCCAGUCUCA